AUGGACUACGGGCUCCAGAUGCAACAUGGAGAUAUCCUGCGCUCCAUGACCGAGGAAGACCAGACCAUCCCUGAGUUGGAACCGCUACCGAAUGAGGAAAUCUUGCACCAGACCCGAGGCCGCACAUCACUCGACGUCUCGUCUCCUUCCCCGUCUCCUGGGGUUCCUCCCUUUUCACUCAAGUGCGAUCGCGGCGUGGCUUAUAUCACGAGCAAGAGACUCGUCUUUCUCCCAACACAGCCGACCGAUCAGUUCAAGUCAUUCUCUACCUUGAUCCUCAAGACCGAAAACUCCCGAGUAGUUGGAGCAUCAUGGGGAGGCUUUGGUGCCAAUUAUUGGGAUGCCGAGGUCAGACCAGAAGCCGAUGGCAACAUCCCGGCCGAUUAUACCCGAGUGACGAUGAGACUUACUUUCAACGACGGUGGUCACAGCGAUUGGGCUCUGAAGUAUGAAAACAUUCGGGGACGUCUUCUUCAUGCUGCCUCUGUUGCCAGGGAGACGGGGAAUGCCCACGUUCUGAAUGCCGUGACGGCUGAGCAACUUCCUGAGUACUCUCCCCGAGAAGGAACAUCAUCGCGGCAGAGCCAGAUACUGGCUGGCCAAGCCCAACUGGAACGCAGAGCCGAGGAGGCAGCUCGUGAAAGGGAAGAUAACCAACCCCUGCCAAACGAACCCCCGCCAGACUACGAUGAAGCGCAAGCACAAGCGAUCGCCAUGAGGUUCGAUGAGCGACAACGGGAAGAUGCAGAACGAGGAUACUGA